AAGGACGUGUCGUUGGCCAGGGGUGUGACAAGUGACCCGCAGUGUGGUGGUUUCAGAGUCGCCCACGUACAUAACUAUGCAGCGAACUGACACACACCGCGAAAUGUCACGCCAUGGGACGCGUCAAGAGGACAUAAUGAAGCUCAUCGUCCGCCCGCUGAUUUGCUAGCGGGGCUCGGAUAUAAAACGACAGCUGCCCACAGAGACACCCACCAUCGCCUGCUGCUGCUCACCACCGAGCGCCUGUGCGCCGCCCGACACAGAGCUCAAGGCAGGCGUCAACAUCGCGGUCGAUUUUCUUCUAGCUUCCAAGCAACCAUGUCGAGAUUCACCCAACUGAUGCUCGCGUCGGUGGGCCUGUUGGCCGUACUGAACGCUGGGCACGCUAAGGUGUUCGGACGCUGCGAACUGGCCAGGAAACUCAAGGCCCUUGGUAUUCCUAAAUACCAAAUAGCUGACUGGGUGUGUCUGGCCUACCACGAGUCGCGCUAUAACACGGCGGCCGUCGGGCGGCUGAACCGUGACGGGUCGGUCGACCACGGCCUGUUCCAGAUCUCAGACAUCUACUGGUGCGACUGGAAAUCCAACGAGCCUCACCGGCGCUACAAGAAUGUCUGCCGCAAAAACUGCAACUCGUUCCGUGACAACAACAUUGCCGAUGACUUGGUCUGCGUGAGGAAAAUCUACAUGGAGCAUCAGCGUCUGCAGGGCAAUGGCUUCCUCGCCUGGGUGGCCUGGAGGAGUCACUGCCAGAACAGGAACCUGCAGUCCUACAUCAGAGGCUGCCGCGUAUAGCACUGCGCGAGCCGGCCACUGCAGCCUCCACCCCGCUGUGACCCGGGGCUGCGACCGGGCCACCGUGACCGGGCCACUGUGACCCGGGGCUGUGACCCGGCACUGUGACCUGGGGCUGUGACCCGCCGUCUGGCUCCGGCAGUCGACAGUCGGUCUCGCGGAGCCCCGCAGGCCAGGCCGGCCCGGCGACUCAGGCCACCGUCUGACUGGAGACAGUGUGUUAUCGUUUAUAGUGGGCCGGUGGUCGGUGACCUUCCUGGGGUAUCCCGCCGUGAAAAAUAUACAAAAUAGUUGAUAUGCAACACUGGUCGUGCAGUAAAUCGUGCUCUGCAGUGUUUUGAACGUUCGGGCGCACCAUUAGGCAUGUCAGUAGUGAAUAACUGGUGAAUAAAUGCAGUGCAUUAAUAUGCACAGCUUUAUUU